AUGUUUCCCAGAGUUGGCAAACUGAAGAUGCCAUCAACGUUCAAGCUCCUGCUCUUGUAUGGGACCAUCCUGUGCACCAGCUUUGCUUCUCUUCCAGUAACUGGCAGUUCGAGACAAGCCAUACAGAGCACUGGAUCACUAGUCUGGCUCAGGAGUACCUCCUGGGACCAGAGAGAAUUGACAGAGAGAGAUGGAGAAUACCUGCAAGGGAUAAAGAGACUAAGGAUGCUUUACUGUAAUGUGGGCAUUGGCUUCCACAUUCAGGUCUUGCCAAAUGGGAAGAUCACAGGCGUACAUAGUGAAAACAGUUACAGCCUUUUAGAAAUUUCUCCAGUGGAGAGAGGAGUGGUGACUCUGUUUGGGGUGCGAAGCAGUCUCUUCAUUGCCAUGAAUGACAGAGGAAAACUGUAUGGCUCGCAAGGCUACUAUAAUGAUGAAUGUAAGUUCAAGGAGAAUCUCCUGGCCAACAACUAUAAUGCCUAUGAAUCAGCUACCUACACUGGCAUGUAUAUUGGUCUCAGCAAGAUCGGCAAAACCAAAAGAGGGAACCGAGUUACACCCACCAUGACGAUGACACACUUCCUUCCCAGGAUGUGA